AUGAAUGACCAAAUGCCUCCCCCAUCUGCUACCCUCCAAGGUAACUCUGAACGAUUGCUUCAAUCAUCGGUCGAAUGGGGCCAGUCGCCCAGAAAUGGGCAUCGCAUUGACCAAUCUGAUCGCACCCGAUAUUCUACCCAAGAUACCGACAUUAUGCAUUCGACACUCAAUGGCUCUCACGAUACCAUCCUCAGCCCUUCAAAUGCUGCUGGGAGGGAUGCACAAACCGUGGAGGGUUCUCCAAUAAAGCAGUCCUGA